AUGAAUAUGGUUCGCAAUUUCUCUCCUCCUCAAUCGACAGCACGAAAGCAGACGCCGUACGACGCCACCGCUGUGCUCUGCCCAGCCGCCGACCGUCGCCCAAGCACCUUCUUCCACGACCAGUCCAGCAAAUUGGCUUUAGAAUUUUCAAUACAACCAGCACCACCAACGGUCACCUCCAGCUCUAACCCCGAUGCAGCAGCUGCACCAGCAACAGCACCAAUAGAAAUACAUCAGUUGUUGGAGGAGAUAGAUCGGGUGCAGGAGCGGAUAAAUCAGGAGAUUUAUGGGGUGCAGGAGCGGAUAAAUCAGCAGAUUUAUCGGGUGCAGGAGGGGAUAAAUCGGGUGCAGGAGGGGAUGAAUCAGCUGAUGGAUCCGGUGCAGGAGCAGAUGGAUCGGGCGCUGCUGCUGCUGCAGGAGCUGAAGCGUCCGUCUGACCCCCGCCUACCGUCACCUCCACUUCUAACCCCCGAUGAAGUAGCUGCACCAGCAACAGCAGGUGACUCGCCAAAACCAGAAAGAGUUACAUAAAUAGUAUAUUUUUAUUUUUAAAAUUAUCAUGAUUUUGCAUA